AGUAUAGUUGAAUGGCCCAGAUUCCUAUAAAUUCAUCUUAAUUUCCCCAGAAACCCUAACCCUAGCAUUCUAACCUUCACACCGGCAUCUCAGAAAUCAGCCAUGGGUAAGGUUCACGGAUCACUUGCUCGUGCUGGUAAGGUUAGAGGGCAAACUCCCAAGGUUGCUAAGCAGGAUAAGAAAAAGAAACCAAGAGGACGUGCACACAAGCGUAUGCAAUACAAUCGCAGAUUCGUCACUGCCGUUGUUGGCUUUGGAAAGAAAAGAGGACCAAACUCUUCUGAGAAGUAGAUGAGGACAUCAGUUAAUUUAGCCGGAGAAGUUAUCUGGUUCAAGAGUUUUCACCUUUGUUUUGUUUGUAAAUUUUGAUUCUCAAACCUCAUAAUGGGAGAAGACUAGUUUACUACUGGUAUUUGUAGAAUGGAUGAGUAAUUUUGUUUUGCAAGUAUCAAUUGAAUUUUA